AUUCAAUUUCGACUAAAUUGGCAACACUGACCCUUGUGUCGUAAAAGGGUGAGUGAACCGCCUCAUUGUUAUUUAUUGCAUUUGUCUCUAAUAAUACAUUAAUUAGCCGUUUUACGGGUACAGGCAGUGCAAUAACAUAGGUCGCGACAGCCAUGCCGAUGUGAGUAAUAUACAAAAGGUGUGGCACGUCGCAGGGGCGUCGUUUCGUGGUGCAGUGACAUCGUUGGUGUGAAAAAUAUUUUGCCUAUCUCGUAAGAUGACCGAAUAUAAGUUGGUGGUGGUAGGCGCCGGAGGCGUCGGUAAAUCGGCAUUGACUAUACAACUCAUACAGAAUCAUUUUGUGGACGAGUACGACCCUACUAUAGAGGAUUCGUAUAGGAAACAAGUGGUGAUAGACGGUGAGACGUGUCUGCUGGAUAUUUUGGACACGGCAGGGCAGGAGGAGUACUCGGCGAUGCGGGACCAGUAUAUGCGCACGGGGGAAGGCUUCCUGCUGGUGUUCGCGGUCAACAGCGCCAAGAGCUUCGAGGACAUCGGCUCGUACCGGGAGCAGAUCAAGCGCGUCAAGGACGCCGAGGAGGUGCCCAUGGUGCUGGUCGGCAACAAGUGCGACCUGCAGGCUUGGGCCGUCGACAUGACGCAAGCGCGCGAGGUGGCGCGGAGUUACGGCGUGCCUUUCGUGGAGACGUCGGCUAAGACGCGCAUGGGCGUCGACGACGCUUUCUACACGCUCGUCCGCGAAAUCCGCAAAGAUAAAGACAGCCGCGGCAAGCGCAACCGGAGAGGGAACAAGAUGCCGCGCGGCCGGUUCAAUAAGUGCGCCCUCCUGUAAAUAACGCGUCUAACAUUGGCGAGCGUGGGCAUUCCCAUAAUUGGAUACGAAGCGAGCGGGCUGAGCCGAGCGAGCGAAUCUAAAACAUGCAACCUACGCCGAUCGGCGUCGCCAAUGGGCUUCAGCUCGCGCCAAAACUUUACGCGACUAUUACUCGCUUCCAAAAGAUACUCCUAAUAACUUUUUAGUGUUACCCACAUUUACUCAUUGCUUACAACGAAAAUAAAAACUGUUCUUGUGGGCCGAGUACUUGCCUGUAAGACAAGAAUAACU